UUAUUAGCCAACCAUUUAAAAAAUAAAUCUAAACGCAUAAAAUAAAACAGUACAACUGAACCAAUUUCUUGGUUUCCUAUUAUAAUGAAUUGAAUUGAAAUAUAGCUAAAUCAAAAUUAAAAAAAAUUCUUUAAACAUGCAAAAUGAGAACCGAGAGCUGGACAUAUUCUUCCUCCCUUUCAUGUCUCAUGGCCACAUGAUACCACUUACAGACAUGGCCAAGUUAUUCGCAGCGCGUGGAGUGAAGACAACCAUAAUCACCACCCCACUCAAUGCUCCCUUCUUGUCCAAAACCAUACAAAGAACCAAACCACUCGGAAGACAAAUCAAAAUCAAAGUCAUCGAUUUUCCUCUCUCAAAUUCUGGCGUACUACCUCCAUGGUGCCAAAACCUCGACUCUAUCCCCUCCCAAGAAUUGUUCAUAACAUUCUUUGAAACAACAUCGCAGCUCCGUAAGCCGCUUGAGGAUCUGCUCGGCCAACACCGGCCGAGUUGUCUCAUCGCCGAUAUGUUCUUUCCAUGGGCGACGGAAGCUGCUGCCAAGUUCGGAAUUCCAAGGCUAGUUUUCCACGUAAUAAGUGUCAUGUCUUUAUGUGCUUGGCAGUGUUUGAAGCUUCACGAGCCUCACAGGAGAGUUUCCUCUUAUUUUGAGCCUUUUUUGAUUCCUGAUCUUCCGGGAGAGAUAAAGUUGACUAGAAUGCAAUUGCCUGAAUUCGUAAGACAAAAUGCUGAAAAUUACAUGACAAAGUUGCUAGAAAAUGUCAUAGAAUCCGAGGUCAAGAGCUAUGGAGUUGUAGUAAACACUUUCUAUGAGCUUGAACAUGAGUAUGCAGAACAUUACAGGAAGGCUCUUGGGAUUAAGGCGUGGUAUAUAGGUCCAGUUUCACUAUGCAAUCGGGACUCCAAAGACAAAUCCCCGAGAGGAAAGGAAUCCUCCAUUGACGAGCUUGAUUGCUUAAAGUGGCUCGACUCAAAGAAGCCGAAUUCGGUUGUUUAUGUAAGUUUUGGAAGUGAGGCUAGAUUCACAGCUUCUCAGCUUAUUGAGAUUGCUUUAGGGCUUGAAGCAUCAGGGCAUCAGUUUAUUUGGGUUGUGCGGAGAAACAAACAAGAUAAAGAUGAAGUUGACUGGUUACCUAAAGGUUUCGAGCAGAGGAUGAAAGGAAAGGGAGUCAUUAUAAGAGACUGGGCGCCCCAAAUGCUGAUUCUAGAUCAUGAAGCCGUUGGUGGUUUUGUCACUCAUUGUGGAUGGAACUCGAUUCUGGAAGCAGUCUCUUCUGGGGUGCCCAUGGUCACUUGGCCAAUCUCGGCUGAGCAGUUUUUCAAUGAAAAGCUUGUAACUCAAAUAUUGAAGAUUGGGAUUGGGGUUGGAGUUCGAAAAUGGGUUAAGUUUGUUGGGGAUAGUGUUGAAAGAAGAGCCUUGGAGAGGGCAGCGGCAAGGGUAAUGGAGGGUGAGGAAGCAGAGGAAAUGAGAAGGAAAGCUAAAUUUUUUGCCCAAAUGGCAAAAAAUGCUGUUGAAGGAGGAUCUUCUUAUUGUGAUUUGAGUGCUGUCAUCCAAGAUUUGAAUUCUAUAUGUUCUUAAAUAAUAAUAAUAAUAAUAAUAAUAAUAAUAAUAAUAAUAAUAAUAAUUAUUAUUAUUAUUAAUUUUCUUUU